UCUCUCCUGCCCCGUCCGCGUACUGGUUCCAACUGCGCAAGCCCUCGUCAAUGGCGACGACGUCCUCCGUGGUACGGAUAGCCGAAGGGGCCAUGGUUUGCGACGGCACCGCGGCGAAGCCUCCCUAUCACGGAAGCGGUGCAGCGGGCGCUAUGCUCACGGGUGACAUAACGAUAGGGCGAGACACCGUGGUGUUCCCUGGAGCCCAGAUACGGUGCAGCGAAGGCGCCGGGCCGGUUGUAAUCGGCCGAGGCUGUGUGCUUGAGGAGGGCGCCUGCUUGGUGAACGUGGGCCCCGGUGAAAUGAGGGUGGGAGACGGAAAUCUGUUCGAGGUCGGCUGUGCGGUACGCGCGCAGAAGGUGGGCGACUACAACACCUUCCAGCCCAAGUGCGAAGUGGGGCAAGGGGUCACGGUGGCAUCAGGUUGCUCCAUCGCGCCGACGGUUGUGUUGGACGUUGCGUUGAAGCUGGAGGACGACUGCUCGGUGUUCCGAUUAGGGGGUGCCGUGGAUGAGUACAGCAUUCAGCGACGACCCCGGAAUACGGAAACGAACCGAGCCAGGGUGAACAGCUAUCGAACGGCGCUUGCAAGUCAAGGGAAGAAGUACUACCUUGGAAAGUUUAACGAGUUAUUGCCACCAUCGUCAGCAUCGCCGUCGCCGGCAGCAGCGGCAACAUAGGCAGGCACUCUUGGGGAGCGCGUGCGAAAGGGCGCCCUAACCCCAUCUCUCGUCGCAGCCACAUUUAACGAGAGGCGCAGUCUAUUUGGAGUAGCCUUCAGGUGAAAACGGCGUCGAGCGCCGUUCCCUGCAAGAACCAGUCUCGCAUGCAUAGCCUAUUUUUCCCAGGACGCCGGGACCCCGUAAUGAGCUACUAUUUCCCAAGGCUACUCUCGGGAAUUUUCCCGCGGUACUUUCCCGCGGGAUUUCCACGGGAACGGUAAUUGGUAUCGUUACCGUGAUAAUUCCCGGUUACCGUACCCAUCCAAAUCAUUGCCGAGCGAAUGGCCUUCUCCCAUUCUCAUCCAAAUCUUCACCAAGGAUAUGAAAUCCCGUUGUUCCCACCCAACCAAAUACCGUGCAAAAUGUCGAAAUCCCGUGGCUUUUGGUUACCACCCAAGCAAUUACCGGGGAGAUACAGAAUUCCCGGUUCUUUGUGGAAACAAAGAAAAGUUUGUGUACACGUAGCUGAGGGGCAUGCCCGCAAGCUCGUCGCACUGCGUAUGGCGGGUUAGACACCACCUCUUCCGUUUCGUUUUUUUGUUCUGCCCAUCUCUCUUUUAUGUAUCGAUCCAUCAAACGAACGGAGAACCUUUUUUUCUGGGUGUCUUGAGUCUUUGAAUAUUGGUUUUGAGUAUUGCCGUACUGUAGUGUGGUGUAUUUUCCGUUUCUUGUGUUUGAACUUCUUGCCUGCGGUGUGGCGCAGGUACGGUACCCAAUGCUUGUGGUUGAGCUCGGUAUGUGUGUACGUGGUAGCUGGUGGUUUAUGCAUCGUCUGGCAGAUAAGUUUGGUGUUUUCAGUCCUCACGUAGCUGAGAUAGAUAGACUAUGAUUAGGGAUUAAGUGAUGGAUAUUUCGAGGUGUCGCUCUGGACGUAAUGAUGUAGUGCGUUUGUUUUAUCCUUUGUCUUUUGCCUCGUCUUUCGGUAAUUUGACCGCAAGAUUUUCGCCUGUUGCCUCAAAACAAUUGAAAAACGAAAUGCGAUAGGUUCCAUUCGUACGUUUUGUGUUCUUUGUGGAACGCGCUGUUUGAGCGUCACACGUGCUGAACAAAAAACGCAAAAUAGUUACAGUGCAUCGCUUUAUGGUUUGUUACCAUCCUACGUUACC